GGACUUGAGGGGCCCGCCACACUGUGUUAUCCCCAAGCACAAAUCCAACUCCAAAGGGGGGCGCUUCUGCAAGCCACGAACUCGCCGCCGUCGGGCCUGCCGCCGCCGCCGCCGCCCUCUGCUUCCCGGACCGGCGUCUUCUCCACCCGUCACCCAUACCGCUUCCACAAGCUGUAGCCAGCCGCGGCUCCGUCAGCUGUCAUUGCCGCCUGGUCGGCAGUGAAUGGCUCGGGCGGCAGGGAUGGAGGGAGAAUACGGGAUCCAAUAGGCCAUUGCUUCCAGUACAAAGAAAAAGAAAAUAGACGGCCAAGCUAGUCAAUCCUAGCUGGAGAUAUAAGCUACCAUGGGGGACAAUUUCGAACACACAAGCGCGACGACAAAGGUGUUUACGCUGGAGUUCUUGGGACAAAUUACAGACAAUUUUUCUGAAGAACGCGUCAUUGGUCGUGGUGGAUAUGGAGUGGUUUACAAGGGAGUAUUGGAAAAUGGGGAAGAGAUUGCUCUCAAAAAGCUUCAUCACAUGCCCGGGCUUGAUGACACGCAAUUUAGGAAUGAGUUUAAUCAUCUUAUGAGGGCCCAACAUCCAAAUAUUACCCAGUUGGUUGGCUACUGCUAUGAUAUAGGACAUCAACGCAUUAAGCAUGGCGGUGAAUAUAUUUUUGCCCUUGUGGAAGAAAGAGUUCUCUGCUUUGAAUACUUGCAGGGUGGAAGCCUUGACAAGUAUAUUACCGAUGAAUCCUGCGGACUCAAUUGGCACACACGUUUCAAAAUUAUUAAGGGAGUCUGUGAUGGAUUAGAUUACCUUCAUAAUGGAUGCAAAGAUCCUAUUUACCACCUUGACUUGAAACCUGCGAACAUAUUGCUGGACAAGGACAUGGUCCCAAAAAUUGGAGAUUUUGGUCUGUCAAGACUCUUUCCUUCAACAAAAACUUAUGUCACAAUCAAAAUUAUAGGAACACCUGGAUACAUGCCACCAGAAUACAUAGAGAGAUAUGAAAUCACAUCGAAGCAUGAUGUAUUUAGUUUGGGUGUUAUAAUUAUACGGAUAAUGGCAGGAGAUGAGGGUUACUCCAAAUGUGCACAUAUGUCUUCACAGGAAUUUCUUGAGCAUGUACGUGAAAAUUGGGGAAAACGAAUGCAGGCAACAAUGUCUUCACAUAUAUCACAGCAAGUUGAGACAUGCAUUGAGAUAGCGUUAAGGUGUGUGGAGGUCGAUCGUGAGAAAAGACCUACUAUAGCUGAGAUUGUUGAUGAACUGAACCAGGUUGAUACUGCAGAAGGUUCACUUACAGGCCAGGUCACCAAGAACCAAAACUCAAACUCAGAGCACCGAGGCCGAAUCGUUUUCUCUACCACCUGCAGGCACCCAGAGCAAUUCGACAUCUUCUCCUGCUCCUUCUUACCUUCCUCCAGUGAUGAAGAGCUCCACCUCACGGAUGGUGUGUCCUAUAACUACAACGGCCGUUCCAUCCCUCCUGCCGCAUUGAAGACCCUCCUCAAGAGCCCCAAGCUGGCAGAAGAGGACGGCACUAGCGAUGCGGAUGUUGAUGCAGGCCAUGUCUCUGGUCUGAUCUUCAUGUCUGAGAGGGAUGAUGGCCAUGAGACACUAUACAUUGCCCUGCGCUUCAGUAUCAGCAGCAGGGUCAAGGUCUUCUCGCUCGCUGACAUCUUUGGCACUGCAGGCUUCAGUGGCACACGCCUGGAGGAUAGUGGUUGCAUCGUCGAUGGAUACAAUGUGGAGUCUCGCACCGUUAACCCCUCUCUCAUCUACGUCUCCACCAAAGAGGCGGUGCAAGAAUAUCGCAGCCCCUGGACUGUCGUGUACAAGACCAACCUUUUAACAGGCAAGACGCGGCGGCUGACUCCUGAAGGUGUGUCUGAUUUGAGUCCAGCUGUGUCGCCAUCGGGCAAGCUGCUAGCAGUGGCAUCAUUUGAAAGCAAGAGUUGGAACAGCGAGAACCUCAAGACUGACAUCUAUGUGAUGAACAUGGAUAGUGAGGAGGGCCUGGGACGCAAGCUACUCAUCGAGAAUGGUGGGUGGCCAUCCUGGGGCAGUGACAACAUCCUCUUCUUCCAUAGAGGCACCAGCAGUUUCAUUCAAUGGCGCAACAUGGUUCAAACAACUUGGGGCGUGUUCCGGUACAACAUCAGCACCAAAGAGACUCUCCGAGUGACUUCAGAGAUGUCGAAUGCGGUGACUCCAGCAGCCAUCAGUGAGACCAAGGUAGCUGUGGCGACCAUCCGCCGGCCCCUAGUCGGCAGUGCUCCCAUGAUGGCACAGUACCGGCACAUUGAGAUCUUCGAUAUGAAUGGGCUGCCACCGGUGCAGAUCACCCAGACGAUGAGGCCGGAAAGCGACCAUUACAACCCCUUCGUGCUGGACGGUGGUGGCCGCAUUGGAUACCACCGCUGCAGGAGUGGGAGUGACCUUGUACAGCGCGUAGACCAUGUCCCCAGGAAUUUGCACAGGCUGGAGUCCCCGGUGAAGGAUGUUGGUUUGUUUCGGGUGUCCGGUGCGUUCCCGGCCAUCUCCAAGGACGGCUCCAAGCUCGCCUUCAUCGAUAAAGAGUUCAAAGCUGUGUGGAUCGCUGACAGCCAAGGGUUGCGCAUGGUGUACGAGACAAGAGAGCCGGACAGCAUCUUUUCCCCUGUGUGGAACCAGAACCCUGACAAGGACAUCCUCUACGUUUGCAUUAGCACUAGCACUAGCACCUACUUGAAUGCUCGAAAGUCGCUGGAGAUCUACGCCAUCAGUAACGCCUCUGGUGUCGCGGUGCAGCGACAGGUCCAGAGACUCACCUAUGGCGGGUUCAACAAUGUGUUCCCAUCGAGCAGCCCGGAUGGGAACAAAUUCGUCUUCCAGUCCACGAGGGAUUUUGUUGCAGAAAAGGACAACUCACUGCAGCAGCAGCAGCAGCAGCGGCGGCGGCGGCCUUUUGGGGGGGAAAGUGCAUCUCGGCCGAUGAGGAAUAUAAGGGAGGAGCAGGAGCACAAGAAUCUGUUCGUCGAUAAAGAGCACAAGAACCUAUACAUAAUGCUGAAGACAGACGACAAGGGAUCCGAGGAAGGUUGGGUGACGCGGCUGACAAAAGGGUCGUGGACAGACACCCACUGCCAGUGGUCUCCUAGAGGGGACUGGGUCGCCUUCUCGUCGACGCGUGACAAACCAGGGGAGAACAGCAUGGCCCCGGGGUCUUUCUCCGUGUACCUGGUGAAGGCGUACGACCCGACGGUGGUGAUCAAACUGAUAAACGAAUUAGAUGGCUACUGCGGUCACGUGGACUACCCGGUGUUCAGCCCGGACGGGAGGAGCAUUGCUGUGACAAUGGACCUGGCGGCAGUGCCGGUGGACCGGAACUCGUUGCCGAUGUCCAUGCACGGGGCGCGGCCCUACGGCGUCAUCUUCGUGGUGAACAUCAACCCAGAUGACAAUAAGAUGAGAAGCAAGGAUGUCAAGUGCUUCCGCCGCAUCACACACAGCCGGUAUGAGUGCUCUGCACUGGCCUGGACGUCAGUGCCGGCAGACCCUGAAGCGUGGUGUAGCAUCAUGCUAUUGCUGGCGGAAAUGGAAGGGCACCACGAUGGGCGGGACGGGCGCCAGAAGGCCACCUCUUCAUCCCUGGGAGGGCUUUAUGAUUUAUCUUUGAGUCACAACCUGCAGCUUUAAUGUAUCUUCUUUCUUCUUUCUUAACGGCACCCUGAGCUUUCUUUCUUGUCUCGCCGGGCUUUCUUGUAUUUCUUGGCCAAUUCACUUCUACGUCUUCCGGUUGUCACCGCCUCCACCGUUCUUCGCUGUCAUUGGGACGUUACCGGGCGGUAAGUUCCGUCAGAAUAGAAGCUCUUCAGCUGGAAGACAAGCAUAUUCAGUUUUGGCACCUGUCUUUGCAACAAGGCCACUGUGUUUUCAGUU